UGAAGUGCUUGACAAAGACACGACAUCGAAUUCAGCAGCUGCUCGUGCCAAAACAAAAACCAAAAUCAUGGUUUUACUCGAACACGAGAAGUUUUUUGCCGAGCUGACAAGACUAUUCUACAGUGCCAGGGAAAAGGGUACCGUCAGAAUGACCGUCAAGAGAUACGAUGGCAGGACGAAACCUGAGCCCAGAGAAGGCAAGGAACCUUUACCUACGCCAGUAGAGAACAUGUGCCUCAUCAGAGCUACCUGUAGGAGCAAGAAAAUUAGCACUAUUGUUCAUGGGCAGGAUGUGAAAAAGUUUCAUCAGAAGUAUGCGUCGCUUAUGAGGAGCAGCAUGGAUGCUUUGAAGAAACAACGCAAGCCGAAGACCAAAUCAAAAGCUGCGCACUGAUGGCGCGUCGCAAGUGCAAACAAAGACUCUGAGCAAACGGAAUAUUGCUAUCCCCUCUUUUUUGUUUGAUAACAUCCGUUUUCUGCCCUUGGGCAACAUUCCCGACGAGCGAUUGUUGAUUAUUGAAAUUAUAAUAAUAAAAUAUGCAAUGGUGAGGAAAA